UUUUGAUCUGAAAAUGGCGAGUAAAACAGAGGGUUACAACAUCUACAAGAUUUUCAAGUAUUUCAGUAGAAAGUUCAAGAUCAAGGAUAAGGCUUUACCCACUGACGUAAAGGAAGCUUUCUCCAACUAUGCUGGCUCUCCUGAGGCUCGCAUGAGACCCGAUCAGCUCCGCCGAUUCAUGGCUGAGCACCAGGGUGAAACGGAAAUUACUCUCUCUGACGCCGAGGGAAUCGUACGCCAGGUCCUCAGUAGACGCAAAAACGACGUCGUUCAAGACCAUACGACGGGGCUUAUCCUCGAGGAUUUCUUCUACUUACUAUUCCUCGACGAUCUCAAUGGCCCUUGCAAUUCCCAGGUGCACCAUGAUAUGACAGCUCCCCUGUCUCACUAUUUCAUAUAUACAGGGCAUAAUUCAUACCUAACAGGCAAUCAACUUAGCAGUGAUUGUAGCGAGGUCCCAAUUAUAAAGGCUUUACAAGGAGGCGUUAGAGUCAUUGAACUUGACUUAUGGCCAUCUUCCAAAGAUGAUAUUAAUGUUCUACAUGGGAGGACAUUGACUACUCCUGUGCCAUUGAUUAACUGUUUGAAGUGCAUUAAAGAACAUGCUUUUGUUACAUCUCCAUACCCAGUGAUUAUAACUUUUGAAGACCACCUUACACCAAGCCUUCAGGCUAAAGUUGCUGAGAUGGUAACUCGAACUCUUGGAGACUUGCUUUAUUAUCCCGAGUCUGAAUGCUUGACAGAAUUCCCUUCACCAGAAUCGUUGAAGAAUAGAAUAAUUAUAUCAACUAAACCCCCAAAAGAGUUUCUAGAAUUGAAGGAUAAGGGAAAUGUCUUGGCUAAUGAAAGAGAAUCAUCUGGAGAAGAAACCUCAGGAAAGGACACUGUAGAUGGAGGCCUUGGAGUUGAAUUCGAUGCCGAUGAUAGGAGUGAAAGUGAUCAAGAUGAUGAGGACAACAAUGCCUGUGGCGAUAAUAAAUCAUGUCAACCAGCAGCACCACCUGAGUAUAAACGUCUUAUUACAAUCCAUGCCGGAAAGCCAAAGGGUGGUCUAAGGGAAGCUUUAAGAGUAGCAAGCGACAAAGUUCGACGCCUUAGUUUGAAUGAACAAGCACUUGAAAGGGCUGCUGCCUCUUACCCAACUGACCUUGUAAGUUUCACUCAGAGAAAUGUUUUAAGAGUGUACCCCAAAGGAACUCGAUUCAAUUCCUCAAAUUACAAGCCCAUUAUUGGAUGGAUGCAUGGAGCUCAAAUGGUUGCUUUUAAUAUGCAGGGAUAUGGAAAAUCACUUUGGCUGAUGCAUGGGAUGUUUAGAGCCAAUGGAGGCUGCGGUUAUGUGAAAAAACCUGAUUUUCUGAUGCAAAAUGGUCCAAGAAAUGAGGUGUUUGAUCCUAAAAGAACCAGGCCUGUGAAAAUGACAUUAAAGGUUAAAGUAUAUAUGGGGGAUGGAUGGCACCUUGACUUUAGUCGAACACACUUUGAUACUUACUCACCACCUGACUUUUACACAAAGGUUUACAUAGUUGGUGUACCAGCUGAUUGUUCAAAAAAGAAGACAGAGAUAAUUAGUGAUGAUUGGGCACCUGUUUGGAACGAGGAAUUCACAUUUCCUUUGACAGUACCUGAGUUGGCCUUGCUUAGGAUAGAGGUACGAGAAUAUGACAAAUCCGAGAAAGAUGAUUUUGGUGGCCAAACAUGUCUACCGGUCUCUGAUAUUAAACAAGGCAUCAGAGCAGUCCCACUUCACAACAGAAAGGGAGAAAAAUACAAAUCUGUCAAGCUCUUAAUGGGAUUUCAAUUCCAAUAAAAUUCAUUAUCCCCCUCUUUCUCCCUUCUUAUUAUAUCAUCCCUUUCAUCACUAAAAUUAAUAAAAUUCAAGGGUGUCAUUGUAAAUACUAUUAUUUGACAAGGGUGGUGGUGAAAGAUACUAGAAUUUUAUAAGGGACUACUUUUUUUAUUUA